AUGAUGGCCGGCGGCGAGGCCGCGUCGCCCCGCGCCUCCGACCAGCUGGCGGACCUGCGCGGCGGCCCCCUCGACCUGGGGGCUCGGCUCCUCGGGGACCUGCAGGCCUCGCUGCGGAGAGCCCGCGCCUCCUGGGCCUCGCCCUCGGGCGCAUGUCGCCCCGCGCCCUCUGGAGCGACGGGGACGAGCAGGCGCCGCCCGUGGCCGAGAGCUCGGUCGCCGGCCCGGCGGAGCAACGGCGCCAUCCGCCUCGACUUGUACGAAACCACUUGGGCGGAUUCCACGUCGGACAGCGGGAGGGCGGACCGCUGUCCCGAGCCGUGGCCUUCCGACGCCGUGCCGGCGGCCAGGCUGCUGGUGGCGAACCACGGGUGGAACACGAAGGUGUUCCUCGAGAAGGGCAUUGGCGACAGGUCGGGGGCGCUGUCGCCGAAGUCGCCGGCGGCUAGCCACCCGGGGAUCCACCCGACGCUCUCGGUCACCCUCUCCGGCGUGAUGACCAAGGUCAGGGCGCCCGGCGGAGCGCAGAAGGGCUCCUCGAGCAGGGCCUUCUCGCCGCCCGCGAAGCCCACGAGCAGGGCGCUGGACGGAGCCCAGGAGGGCUCCUCGAGCAGG